AGAGACUCAUUCUGACACCGUGUUAGUCACAUCACACAAAAGUGCCAGGCACACGGGGCUACAGGGAAUGGCACAGUAGACACGGCCGUCUCUAGGUCUCAGUCCGAGUUCUGCUGUUUGAUGGUGCCUAAGAGUUUUCUGUAUACCCUCAAAAGCCUCAAAUAGGAAUCCUGCAAUUAGUGCAUCUAACUCCUCCUUUACUGCAGUCUUCUCUCCUAUUGGUGAAAGGUCUUCGCAGCUCAUGUAGGGAUCCCACCCCUUUUGUGGGUUUUCAUUCUGAAGCUAUCCACAACUUUACACCUGAAUGAAUGCCAAACCUCCCUGAAUAUAUAAAGGAAAUCUUCAAGAGCAAUUGCAGAGUUACCCAGAAGAAGCAGAAGGAAAAGAUUUCAUCCAGCUCUGUCAGACAGCUUGAACCAGCCAUGCUUCUCCCUGCCAUUCACUUCUAUGGCUUUCUCCUGACUUUCAUCUUCACGAGAAGCUACUUGGCUUUCAAGAACGAUGCCACAGAGAUACUUUAUUCACACGUUGUUAAACCCGCUGCAGCGAGCCCAAGCAGCAACAGCACGUUGAAUCAAGCCAGGAACGGAGGCAGGCACUACACCAGCACUGGAUCCGACCGUAACAAUCGUGUUCAAGUUGGUUGUCGGGAACUGAGAUCCACCAAGUACAUUUCUGAUGGCCAGUGCACCAGCAUUAACCCCCUGAAGGAACUGGUGUGUGCUGGUGAAUGCCUCCCUUUGCCACUGCUCCCCAACUGGAUUGGAGGAGGUUACGGAACCAAGUACUGGAGCAGGCGGAGCUCGCAAGAGUGGAGAUGUGUCAACGACAAAACUCGCACUCAGAGGAUCCAGCUUCAAUGCCAGGAUGGAAGUAUAAGAACCUACAAAAUAACUGUGGUCACAGCCUGCAAGUGCAAGCGAUACACCAGGCAGCACAACGAGUCCAGCCACAACUUCGAGGGAACCUCUCAAGCAAAACCUAUCCAGCAUCACAAAGAGAGGAAAAGAGCCAGUAAAUCCAGCAAACAUAGUACAAGUUAGAAGUCAAACAUUCUCUCCUCUCUCAUCUCCCUCUCCUCGUGCCAAAACUGAACUCACCUGUAACCAUUUGCUUUACCCUUCUGACUGCUUAAAGACAAGUCUGCCAUUGCUGUGUUCUCAGUUGACACUACUUGCUUUGACCAAAAUCAAAAGGGGCAUUCUCAGCAUAUGGACAUUUUGGGUGAUUUUCCAGAUGCUCAAGAUGGGAAAUAACACAAGCCUUCCAAGCCCAUACUAUAAACUUUUACAUGUUCUCCACCCAUGGAGGCAAAGAAUAUUUGCCACGAGUCUUCACUGAAGUCUAUUUUGUAAAAAGAUGCUUUGUCGUGUGUUUUCCUGAGAACAGUUAUCACAUCUAUUGCCUUCUAUAUCAUGUUUUAUGAACUUCUGACAACAGCUUAAAAAUACACCACCUUGUAUCUGCUUUCAGAUUCAUUCUAAAAAGAUGCUUUGCAUGCUCACCUUUCUCUUAUCUCAGUAUACCAAAAAUUAAAAUAUGCAUGGCAGCAAUCAAAAAGUAAAGCUGAACAAACUAUUUAUUUGUUGUUGUAAUUAUUUAAUGAGCUUUUAUGUGUGUUAUUUCCCUUCAAAAUUUCCUUAUGUUUAUAGCUUUUCAUAUGUAUCAAAGUAUUUUCCUAUGAUUUGUGGCUGGAUUAGAACAUAAUUUUGUAGAUAAUGUAAAAUAGACAUUUUAGCAUUCUUGGUAUAUAUAUUUUAAUUUUGAACAUUCAUAGACAUAGGUGUUAUUUCGAAGUAGCAACAUAAAAAUUGUAUUUUUCAUUCUCCACCCUGUAUUAUUUUUGUUUAAAAAGUGUGCAAUCAAAAGACAGAUAUAACUUCCUUUCAAAUUCAUUGGUUUCUUUUGUUUUUUUUAGAAAAAUAAACACUGCUAAAAACCUG